GCUGAGUGCUGAUUGGCUGAGGCUGGUGAGCAGGAGACAUAAAAGGCGGCACUAAGACAUCUGGGAAGCUUGAUGCUGUCACUGACCUAGCAAACCUGUGUGCUCCUGAGACCUGUCAAUACCAUGAGUGGGUGCCCAUUUUUAGGGAACAGCGUGCGACAUACUUUGGAAAAAUUGUCUCUAGAAGGCAAUGAAGAAGACAAAGCUCAGACUGGAGUAAACAGAGCCAGCAAAGGAGGCCUUAUCUAUGGGAACUACCUUCAGUUGGACAAAAUUCUGAAUGCACAAGAACUUCAAAGUGAAAUAAAAGGAAAUAAAAUCCACGAUGAGCACCUCUUUAUUAUAACUCAUCAAGCAUAUGAACUUUGGUUUAAACAAAUCCUCUGGGAACUCGAUUCUGUUCGCGAAAUUUUUCAAAAUGGCCAUGUCCGGGACGAGAGGAACAUGCUCAAGGUGAUGACCCGGAUGCACCGCGUGGUGGUCAUCCUCAAGCUCCUGGAGCAGCAAUUCUCCGUGCUGGAAACCAUGACCGCCCUGGACUUCAAUGACUUCAGAGAGUACCUGUCUCCAGCAUCGGGCUUCCAGAGUCUACAGUUCCGGCUGCUGGAAAAUAAGAUAGGUGUCCUUCAGAGCCUGAGAGUCCCCUACAACAGGAGACACUAUCGCGAGAACUUCAGGGGCGAGUACAAUGAGCUGCUGCUGAAAUCCGAGCAGGAGCAGACGCUGCUGCAGCUCGUGGAGGCUUGGCUGGAAAGAACACCUGGCUUAGAGACACAUGGAUUUAAUUUCUGGGGAAAGUUUGAGAAGAAUGUCUUGAAAGGCUUGGAAGAAGAAUUCCUAAGAAUUCAGGCUAAAGAAGAGUGUGAGGAAAAGGAGGAAGAGAUGGCGGAGUUCCGGAAGCAGAAGGAGGUGCUGCUGUGCCUGUUUGAUGAGAAGCGCCAUGAGCAUCUCCUGAGUAAGGGUGAACGGCGACUGUCGUACCGCGCGCUCCAGGGAGCCCUGAUGAUCUAUUUUUACAGGGAGGAGCCUCGGUUCCAGGUCCCAUUCCAGGUGCUGACCUCGCUUAUGGACAUGGACACACUAAUGACCAAAUGGAGAUAUAACCAUGUGUGCAUGGUACACAGGAUGCUGGGCACCAAGGCUGGUACUGGGGGAUCGUCUGGCUACCAUUACCUGCGCUCAACUGUGAGUGACAGGUACAAAGUGUUUGUGGAUUUAUUUAAUCUCUCAACAUACCUGGUUCCCCGACACUGGAUACCAAAGAUGAAUCCAAUCAUUCACAAGUUUGUUUACACAGCUGAGUACAGUGACAGCUCUUACUUCAGCAGCGAGGAGUCGGAUUAAAUUCCUCUGAACAUCUGUGAAAACUACAGGAUUCUCAGUCUGCCUUUCACUCUAUAACUUUUUAUUACUGCAUGACUGGUGUGAUAUAUUUAUAUAUAUGUAUUUGGUGUUUUGGUCCAAUCCUGGAAACAGUUUUAUAAUCUUGUAUAUUGUGAUGAUGUAAGAUUAGGCAGAUUAAGCACUGUGGUGGGAAAUAAUUCAGUAGCAAUGUGAGCAUCCUCACACAUGUGAUGCAUUCCUGUUAAAACUCAAUUUACCCUGAAACAUCAAUAGAAUCACUUUGCAUAGUUUUUACCUCAUUGUUUCUUGCUUUAUAAAGAUUGUUGAGUAGUUGCUUUAUAUUAGAGAUGCAAUAAAUACUGUCAUUCCGCACAAAAUUUAUUCAAAUACAUCUUUAAGUAAUACUUUUAGUUUUUGGCUGUGCAUUGAUUAUAAAAUCUUGAGCAGUGGCAGAAGCUGGGCCUGAGGGUUAUUAUAAGAUUGAUAUUUCACCAGCUCCUAGAACUCAAAGGCACUUAAAAAAUAUAUGUCAGGAACCCAGUUCUGCUUCCAGAAUGUUACUCAUGAAACAUUUUGAAGAUGCUCUUCUGUAUUCUGUAUCAAUGUCAGCUGUCAGAGACCCUGAGAUUAACAAAGAUGAUCUUUUUCUUGCUCCAGUACCGAAACUGGGUCAUGGUCAGUGCCAACACAUGGAACUGCUGUGGAAAUAAGAAGCAGUUCCAUAGAGAGAAAAGCUCUUUCCAACCCACUAAAUAGGUCAGCUGACUAAACAGCAAUCAUCUCCAUUCCUAAUAAAAGUAUGAUGCUUAGAGUUUA